AUGUCGCAACGCGACAAUCGCGACCUGCCGCCCUUCGUUUACGAACCUUUACUGCCGAGCCAGAUCAGGCUGUUGAUGCCGACAGACGACGAAGAUGGCCUGUCGUGGACAUUGCAAGUGGUCACUUUGGACGAUGAAUUGGAGUUUGAGGCUCUUUCCUACACGUGGGGCGCACAAGAUGAAACGUUCCCCAUCACUUUGAACGGUCGGAGACACCACGUCCAUCGCAAUUUGUUUACGGCACUGCCAAACAUUGCGCGACGCAACACGUAUCGACCGAGAUGGGUAUCGGUCAAGAACGAAGAGGAGAGAAGUCAUGAUCCUACUGAUCAUAAUCAAGACAUGAACGGGACGAUCUCCUAUGCCAGUGAAGACGACUCGGCCGGUCGCGAUAAUCAGAAUGAAGCGUCUUUUAAUAAUAGAGUGAAUUAUUCGUCUAUUCACAGUACUGGAGACGCCGAGGAUAACUGGAUGUGGGAAAAGGCAUCCGGACACGAGACAAUGACUGCGACGCCGCUUCGACCGAUCUGGAUUGAUGCUUUGUGUAUCAAUCAAGGCGACCACGAAGAAAAGCUCGUUCAGCUUGCUUCUAUGAACCGCAUCUACCGUGAAGCAGCAAUGGUCUGGGUUUGUCUUGAACCCCCAGAGGAUCCAGACUCAGUUGAUCAAGCGAUUGAGUUGCUUCCCACUAUCGUCUAUGCAUCACGCUUUAUGUGGGAAUCUCCUGAUAUGCAAUACGAAACUAACUUGAAGAACAAUCCACAUUUCCCUGCGUUGGAAAGGAUUGAUCCCAAGACACUGAAGGUUCUGAAGCACCUACUAGGCAAUCGAUAG